CAAAAGUAGGAAGAUCACCUUUGUUGAAAAGGGGUGUAAUAUCACAACGCUUGAAGGCCUCAGUUCAGUCAGUGACUGUACUGCCAAGCAAAGGAGGCUUGCCACAAACUUCCAAACACAUUUCCCCUGUUAGAGUGGAACAACAAGACACAUUUCCUCUGUCUAAGGUCAAUCAACCAGACAUUCAACAACGGGCAGAUUUGGAAAUCAAAAAGGAUUCUUUAUAUCAGCAACUCAGAAAGAGCAUACAACUAAAACCCUCUUCAGACUCUCAGUCAGAGAAAUUGUCAUCAAGUUAUGUAGGACCGUCUGCCACUCAAACAGAAUUGAGAGACAUACAAGAUGGUGGUAACAUUUCAGUGCCUGGAUCCAACACCGCAGCAUCUUCUGUGCCUGCUUCGGUAGAGACUAGCCAAACACCUGCCACCCCACCUGUGUCUAGAGGGCGAAUGUUGCCUUCCACACCUUCUACUCCAAGCAGCUUACAUCGAAGACUUCCCAGUCCCCACAAUUUCAAAAAUCAGCCUACUCCACCCUCUUCAUCUAGCCCCUCUCUUAACAGAACACUUCAUACACCACCUGCUAUUCAGAGGAGACUCCCCAGCCCACCCAUUUCAAAGCAGAACAUUUCGAGCUCAAACUCAGUCGCUUCAUACCCUUUCAAAGCACCAUCUCCCCCAGCUUCGCCAAAAGUACAAAGAUGGUCAAGGGAAAAUAGCAGUGAAGACUCAUCAAGUGCCAGGACAAUUAGUAAUGCACGUUCAGUCUUCUGUCCCGUUUCUCCAUCCAUGUUUGAAGCCCAGCCUUGUUCAGUAACCAAGCCCCCGCAAGCAUGGACCUCAACCAAAGUUUCAUUCCUCUUACGUACUUUUGAGACACGUGGGAGGACUCCUGCAUCUGUCCAUGGGCCACGACACUUUAUCAGACGUAGCCAUUCAGACCGGAGGCAGAGUCUAAGUCUGCCACAACGAUCACAACGCAUCUCAGUGGCUGAGACUUGUGGGAGUGAACCAGCAAUAUGUUCACAGGGGCUAAACUACGAACCAACCAGAGAUGAUGACUCAUGGGGUAGCCAAUCAGACCUCAGAACGACAACACGCUCUGCAUCACACCCAGACCUGUGUGUUGUUGGACGUGCCUUGCACAAGGACUAAAGGGGCCAAUGCAGGGCCAGUAGGAUUAUGGAUUAGCAGGCCUUACUGAGGAUUUAAGUCGAUGCUGUUUAUUCCACUUGGAAGAGAGGAAGAGCUAAUUCUAUCCACUCUUCUGCUGUAACACACCUCCACAGUGUUUAUAAUUGUAUGUAUUUCAGGUUUUAUUUGUUGUAAUUCUUUCAUUGGUGUUUUUCACUGCAUUCAUGUCUGCACUGUAUCUGAAAAAACAAACUUAAAAAAAAAAACAUG